AUGUUUAGCAUUUCCUUUUUUUUUUUUGUUAUUUUUUGUAUAUUUUCACAAUUUAGUAAUAUAUACAACAUAAAGGUAUUUGAGAUAAAAAAAAAAAAUUAUAUAAAUAAUUUAGAAAUAGGAAAUAUAAAAAGGGACUAUAAUUUUGUAAAUUAUACUAAUGCUAAUAUGUUAUAUAAUAAUAAGAAAAAAAAAAAAAAAAAAUUGUAUACUCAAAAUAAGUUAAAUGAAAAUAAAUUAUCAGGUUCUGAAAAAUUGACAAAUAUAAUAUUAGUUAUCGAUUAUGAUGGAACUAACUAUAAAGGAUGGACAGGAAUUGAGAAUUAUAGUUCAGUUUAUUUGAAUGCUAUUCAUGGAUUUAAAAAUGUAAAAAAAUCAGAUAUUUAUAAUGGCAAUGUUUUAGAAAAAGUAGACGAUAAUGAUAUUAAUUGUAAUAAUUUGAAGAAAAAAUAUGAAACUGUACAAAACUGUAUACUUAACUGUUUGUUAAAAAUACAUGGAUAUGGAGACAAUCCAAAUAUAACUAAUUAUAAAGAAAAUAAUUUAAAACCUUUUGAAUUUAUAGGAGUUAGUAGAACAGAUAAAGGCGUCCAUGCUAAAGAAUAUGUUUGUCAAUAUAUUUCAUAUAAAAAAUUUCCACCUUUCAAUGGUAAUUUGGAAAAAAUCAAAUUAUCUUUAAAUCGUUUACUAAAUAAAGAUAUAAAAGUUUUAGGAAUUUUUAACGCACCUUUUAACAACUUUAAUGUUAGACAUCAUAAUUUAGGAAAAAUAUAUACAUAUAAUAUUGACUUUAGAAAACCUUCACAACCUUUAGAAAGAAAUUUUUCAUGGCAAUUAUAUGAUGAUUCGCGCUUUUCAUUUCUUUUGAAAAAUAAACCGGCAAAAUGUGAAACAGAUGCAAAGGAAUAUAAAAAUACAAAUAAAAAUGUUUAUGAGACAAAUAUAGUUUCCCUUUUUGGUGCAAAUGGUAAUGUAAGCAAAAAUUAUAGUAAUAACGAUAGUAAUAACGAUAGUAAUAGUAAUAGUGAUAAUGAUGAAGAAAAACACAAUUUUGAAGAUUCAGAAAAAAGUGUAAACGAUUUAAUUAUCAAAGAAAGAAUUGAGAAUAUUAUAAAAAAAGAAAAAGAAAAUAAUGGACCAAAUAAAAUAAUACAUUCAUUAAAUAUAAUAAAUAGAAAAAAUGAAUUUAAAUCUUCUAUUUUAUGUGAUAUAGACAAAAUUAAAGAAUGUUCAAAACUAUUUAUAGGAUAUCAUAACUUUGAAUGUUUUAGAGGGGCCCUUAAAGGAACAGAAAAGCAAAGAAUUAUUAACACAUUUUGCAAUAUACACUUUUUAGAUAUAUAUAAAUUAAAAGAUAAUUUAUAUCAAUUUAUAAUCCAAGGAGAUAGAUUUUUAUAUCAUAUGAUUAGAAUAAUUGUUGGAGUUUUAAUACAAGUUGGGGUUGGAAUUUUAAAUUUUCAAGAUGUUAAAGAUGCUUUAUAUAAUUCUAAACCACUUAAAGUUAAAUUAUGUGCGCCCCCCCAAGGUUUAUGUUUGAAAAAAAUAUUAUUUCCCCCAGAAAUUGAACAUCUUGUUAAUUCAGCAAUUUUUUCUGAAUAA